AUGGACGACAGAAACUCGGCACUUCACGUGUCGCUUCAACCGAAGAAACCACCUAUUUGGACGAAAUAUGGCGAGAGAUUCGGUGUCAGCAACUCAUCCAACAGUCUUCCUUCGCGCCAAGCAACCAUAGAGCACUAUUGGAGUCGUGAAGCCACGCGUGUCGCUGCACAGAAUGAACAGGACGCAGCCAGUACUGGCCAUUCACCAUCUCUUGGUCCGAGGAUCGCCGUCCUGCUUCCCGUGUCACCCUCACCAAGCAAAGCAUACCCUGGCCCCAAACAGGAGCCUGAAAACGAAGCCCCUUUACCCAACCAGCUGGAACUCCCCAAACGAGUCAAGAAAAAUGUAGGUCUCCUGUCCCAAUCUCCUGGGCAAGACACUGCCCAGUCUAGCGCGACGCCUCCGCCGUCGUCAACUUCAACACCAAGUUCGUACAGUCGCGGGCGACCAAAGGGAUGGAAACGUGGCAUGUCAUACGCCGCCAUGCGCGGAAAUACUCCCCCAACAUGGAAAACAGUCCGCUCUCCUCGGCAAUCUCGCACCAAAGCACCACAGCCAGGCUUUGGGCGCAGACCUGGACGGCCGCCGAGACCCCGUUCACCACCCCCAAAGGAUCUUUAUCAUAAAGCGAACCCGCACUUCGUCAACUUUCUAUGCGAGUGGGAUGGAUGCAAAGCCGAGUUGCACAAUUUUGAUACCUUGCGGAGGCAUCUUCACAUUGUCCAUCAGCAAAACGGCAAGUGGCCAUGUAAAUGGGCGCAUUGCGGAUUGGACGCCUGCGCAGAUGCUCGACAGUGGCGGUCUCAUCUGGAGGAUGCUCACCUGACUCCGUUUCGAUGGCAUGUAGGCGAUGGGCCGAGUAACAGCAGUGGAAUGCGUGCCGUGCUGCCCGACGAUGCACAAGACGAACUUCCAGAUUUCCUAAUGGGCUCAGAUGGGCAACAAGUGACGCCAUCUGUCAAGAACCAACAGAUAGAGGACUUUGCAACGUGGAGGGAAAAUCGCCGAAAACUUAAGGAAUUGUUGAUCCAACGAGACCAGAAUCUACCGGAUGAGUCUUCUGAAUCAUCUGGGGAAACGGACUGA